AAAUAGAGAGAGAGAGAGAGAGAGAUGUCACGAAGGAAGCUCAUUUCGACGACGUUAGCGUGUCUGCUAGUUCAGUUUGUUUGCUACUGCUGCUGUGCUGGUGUAGAAGAAGUGAAAAGUGAAAUGGUGGACGUACAGAAGGCAUUUACCGAGCAUGAAGUUGUUCCAGAUGUCGUGGAUGCCGCUCCAAAGGAACUGCUGAAGGUUUCCUAUCCCAGCGGAGUAUCAGCGAACGGAGGUGACGAAUUGACGCCAACUCAGGUGAAAGAUCAACCCACGCUGGAGUGGUCUGCCGAUCCCAGUGCCUACUACACUCUGUUCAUGGUUGACCCGGAUGCUCCGGGUAGGACCGAUCCGAAGUUCCGUUCGGUGUGCCACUGGUUCGUGGGAAAUAUCCCCGGGGAUAAGAUCGGAGAAGGAGAUCAUCGCAUCGCGUUCAUUGGAUCCGGACCACCGCAGGGAAGUGGACUGCAUCGGUACGUGUUCCUGGUCUACAGGCAAGAAGGUGGAAAGGUUGACCUCUCGGAUGCGCCCCGUACUUCCAACCGAAGCCGGAACAAUCGGUUGAACUUCCAGCAUAAAGAUUAUGUGAAGAAGUACAAUUUAGGCCCGUUGGUGGCGGGUAAUUUAUAUCAGGCACAGUUUGAUGACUACGUUCCGACGCUGCAUGCGCAGUUGUCGUCCGGGACGGAGUGAGAACU